AAUCAGACGCGUGCGUGCGUGUGUGCGUGGUGUGGUGUUGUUAAAUGUGAUGUCCCAUAUUCUUAAUAACGUAUCGUAAUAUUAUUUGUACAAAGACCGUAGAAUUAAUAAUGAACGUAUAAACAUUGAUGCAUAAGUGUAUGGGAAUAAAGGUUCUUUGGUCCAACCGGUUUCAAUUAUUAUAGUGAUUAUACGCUAGAAAAAUGUCAUUCCGUGGUCGUGGAGGUGGAGGAUUUGGAAGAGGAGGAGGCGGCGGUGGAUUUCGCGGAGGAAGAGGUGGAGGAGGUUUUCGUGGAGGUCGUGGUGGCGGUGGAUUCGACAGAGGCGGAAGAGGAUACGAUCAGGGUCCACCGGAACAAGUCACUCCUUUAGGUCAUUUUUCAUGGACGGUUCAAGACGAUCUUGUCGCUAAAGUGGACAUAGAACAAGUGCCUUUUUUCAAUGCUCCAAUUUACACAGAAAAUAAACAGCAAAUCGGAAAAAUAGAUGAAAUAUUUGGUAAUAUUAGAGAUUAUUAUGUUUCUAUUAAGCUAUCAGAAAAUAUAAGGGCAUCUAGUUUUCAAAAAGACACACAGCUGUUCAUAGAUCCAGCAAAACUAUUGCCUUUACAAAGGUUUCUGCCUAAAGCACCUGGAGAAAAGAAAAGAGGAGGUGGUGGUGGACGAGUUAUGAAGAGAGGCGGUGGAGGAGGGCGUGGUGGUCGUGGUGGAGGUAGGCCAUCGUUUGGUCAUGGAGGUUUCGGAAAUAGAGGAGGAGGCGGUGGCGGCUUUAGAGGUCGUGGUGGAGGAGGUUUUGGACGUAACGAUUCUGGUAGAGGUCGUGGAAGGGGAAAAUGGUAGAUGAGUGAAAAUUAAAAUAAAUUUUUAUGUAAAGACAUGUUGAAUAAUAGGAAUACAUUAAUUACAUUAGACAAAAAUACGAAUAGUUUCAGAUAUUGAAUACCUGAUUUAUUGCUACCAACAUUCAUGUUAU